GGGGGGGAGCCGCUGUGUCCCCGGUCUGGCACGUUCCUGGCCAUAUUCUUUAACGUGAAAAUUUUGGAUCCCCCAAUUCGGCUAAAUUACCUAAAUUGAAAACACAUCCCGCCCCUGUAAUCCCGGCAGUGUUACUUACGCCUGCGCUUUACACGCAUUCUCUUACGCAAAGCUCCAGCAGAAGAUGGCGGUUGUAAGCGGGAUGUCCGGGCCGGCUGUAGCCCGGCUAGAGGGCCGGGAAUUCGAGUACCUGAUGAAGAAGAGGUCGGUGACCAUCGGCCGAAACUCAUCACAGGGCUCGGUGGAUGUCAGCAUGGGACACUCGAGCUUCAUCUCUCGGCGGCACCUCGAGAUUUUCACAGCAGGAGAGGACGGCACCGGUACCGGCGAAUUCUACCUUCGUUGCUUAGGAAAAAACGGGGUGUUUGUUGAUGGGGUGUUCCAGAGGAGAGGGGCUCCACCUCUGCAGCUGCCACGAAUGUGCUGUUUCCGCUUCCCCAGCACCAGCAUCAAGAUCACCUUCACUGCCCUCUCUGCCGAAAAGAAGGAACCAAGGAACGUGCCGGAAUCACCGGUGAAGCCGGUCCAACCCCAGAUAUCCCCCCUGACUAUUAACAUUCCUGACAACAUCGCCCACUUCAUGAGUCCCAUACCUUCACCGACCGGCACCCUCAGUGCUGCAAACUCCUGUCCAUCAAGUCCACGAGGGGCGGGCCUUUCCAGCUACAGGACAGGUCGGGUUCUGACUUCUGACCUCAUAGGAGACAACUCCCAAUCAGAAAAUGACAAAGAGGCCUCAGGUGAAGACAGUCCAAAGGACGACUCCAAACCUCCGUAUUCCUACGCUCAGUUAAUAGUCCAGGCCAUCACCAUGGCUCCAGAUAAACAGCUAACGCUAAAUGGGAUCUACACCCACAUCACUAAGAACUACCCCUACUACAGAACGGCAGAUAAAGGCUGGCAGAACUCGAUCCGACACAACCUGUCCCUGAAUCGGUACUUUAUCAAAGUGGCUCGUUCUCAGGAAGAACCAGGAAAAGGUUCCUUCUGGCGGAUCGAUCCAGCCUCAGAGGGGAAGCUGAUAGAACAGGCCUUCAGGAAACGACGGCCCAGAGGAGUUCCAUGUUUCAGGACACCAGUGGGGCCGCUGUCCUCAAGGAGCGCCCCCGCCUCUCCUAACCACAUGGGGGCUCUGUCUGCACACUCCAGUGGAGUCCAGACCCCGGACAGUCUGUCCAGAGAAGGUUCUCCAGUCCCUAUGGAACCAGAACCCACAGCUCCUGCAGUUCCUGUCCACACCACCACAGUCCAGCCCAAACUGGCUGUGAUCCAGGAGGCCCGCUUCUCUCAGAAUUCCUCCGGCUCCCAGCUGAACAACCAACCGGUUCUGAUCGCUGUGCAGCGACAGGUUCCUCAAACAACCAUCAAACCUGUGACCUAUGCUGUGGCCACGCCUGCUAUCGUCACCACCACCGUUAGCCCCACCCCAGUCAUGCAGACGGUGCAUGUGGUCCAUCAGAUUCCCGCUCUGGCUAUCGGUACUCAGCCCACCGCCACACUGAGUAAAGAAACUCAGGAGAACGGCGGAGGAGAACACAAGGAGUUCAAAGUCCAAAUGGAUCCGGUUCCAACCAUCACGGCUUCGUCUUUAGGGGGCGUCAGUCGUAUCAUCCAGAGUUCUCAGCCUGCACCUCUGACCACAGUCACCAUCGUCCAGCAGGCUCCACUAGGUCAGCACCAGCUGCCCAUUAAGGCCAUCACACAGAAUGGAACUCAUCUGGUACCAAUCAGUACCAGUACUGCUGCCAGCACAGGCAUUGCUAACCCGCUCCACCUGCUGGCGACUCACGCCUCAGCCUCUGCAUCUCUGCCCACCAAGAGGCAGAAUGGAGAACUGCAGGAGCAGCCCGAAUCUAAAAGGGCGAAAACACAAGAGGAGGAGAAGGAGGAGGCGUCAGACCGUAACAACAACAACAGCACCAUGGACAGAGCCACGGCAGAGGGUGGGGUCAGUGAACAGGCAGGAGAUCAGUAGCCCCUCCCACCUGAUCCUGAGCCCUGCUCCCCCCUCACAUUUUUAUCACCUCCAUCUGCUACAAGGUGCCAAACGAUGAGGAGAAAACGGAAUGGUCCUGAACACACACACACACACUUUUUUUUUUUUCAAUAAUGUGAGACCAACAACACAUGUCCAAAACCUGGUCGGAGACUGAAGGUCCAGAGUCGUGGUCCAGGAACUUCCGUCUACCUGAAUCUGGUGUUGAAUAAAAACUACAGUUAUUUAUGACAGUCACUGUCCACAGAGAGACCACAGAGACGAGGAACCGAGUGUGUGUGUGUGUGUGUGUGUCCGUCCAGCUCUGUCUGGUGAUUAAACUAAGUUUAAAAUGAA